AUGAGAGAUCAACUGUCCUUCGCGCAAUACAAGGCCGACACCGAGCUUAUUGCAGGUUGGCUUGCCGAAACAGCCUCGCAAUGCCAAGGAGGCUGGGUUAUUGGCAUCGUCUACCCAGACAUCAUCGUCUACCCAAACAUCAUCGUCUACCCCGACAUCAUCGUCUACCCCGACAUCAUCGCCAGGGCCGACGGCCCCGAAGUACCUCAUCAGAACGUCCGAUUUCUCCGAGAUUGCCAGACUAUUGCAGAUUUCGACAAGCCGAAGGUCAUCCUCCCUUUAGGCCUUCGCAACCUCUUCGCCCGCGCGAUUCAGUCCCGGCAACGGUCCAACGACUGGAACAAGGCAAACGACCACGGUGACGAAGAAAGCUAUCAGCGACACGAGCACUUCAUCGGAAUUUUGCGCGACACUUGGGCGACACUCCGUGUCCUCGAAACCCCCCGAAGCCGAGCUCCAAAGGCGGUUUCUCGCGACAAUGCAUCGACUGGAGAGAUACCAGAGCUCAGCAACCGCUUCGCCGGUCUGGAGAUCGAAGAUCUGUACCAGGAGAUGAACAACAUCGACCCUGAUGAUAGCUCGGCAGGGCUUAGCGAAGAAUCCUAUUGA